GUGAGACAGAGAUAUGUGAAGCUGCGAAAGGGCUACUAGCUCUCAGACUCGGAGGAAUCAACCCGGAACGCUAAGGCUGCAACUGAGCAGGAUAGGAACCCAUCUGGGUUGCAGUUUCCCGAGGAGAGAGCACGCGAGACGGACCGCUUCCGGCUGCGAAAGAUCGCACCGCGAGGAGGCCGACCUGGAAGUUGGCCAGCCUUUCAUCUCCCUGCCUUGUGCAUGACGGCUGCCUGUUGUCGUGAGUGCCAUGGGCGCCAAGCGCAAAAGUCCAGCUUCGGCCAAGCGGCACGAACAUCCGCAGCCCAAGCGGGCUCGCAACACCGAGGCGGCGGCGGCGACGACGACGGAGUUCACUGGCACCCGGUUCAAGUCCAUGCUGCGCGAUCCCAGCACUGCCAUGAAGGGUUUGGAAACGUUCAUAUCCAUAGCUAAAUCAUUACCAUCAGAAGAAAAAUAUGAUGUUGUAGAGGGAUACAUAAAAGUUUCGGUUGAGUGUGCAGAAAUUUUAAAACUUCUGGAUGGUGAAAGGAGGCCUGAAAGUGAGGUGCUGCUAAUCUUCCAAGCCUUAGAAAGCAUUUUGCUGCGAACAGCAAGUGAUCUGACCCAUUUUGGUGUUGUGGGGAUGAACAUAGUAAAGAAGUUGAUCAAUAGCUAUAUGAGAUUAAUUUAUGCAGCUCUUUAUUCUGAAAGUCAUAGAAUGUCUCGUCUGUGCCUCACCUUGCUAUCAGCAAUGGUGACACAAGGACCAGAUGCUGCAAGGGAUGUCUUCAGCCACUUUGAUUUCAGUAAUAAAUCUCUACCUAGUUUAGUGAAGAAGAGAGAUUAUAAGGGGAAGCCUGAUGUCCGUAUGGCGUACAUCCAAUAUGCUCUCUCCUUUUUAAUCGCUGGUGACAAUACAAUCCUUGUACAUGUUCUGGAAUUAAAAGAUUUCAUUCCAGAUAUUUUUAGGACUGGAUUAAAGGAAGAUAGAAUAUCCACAAUUAGCCUUCUGCUUUCUACAUUGGCAACCAAGGUUGUUCACAAUAACAACAUCAGUAAGACCCAAAAAGUACGGUUAUUUACUGCGGAAGUAUUGAACAACAUUGCUUCACUCUACCGCUGGAAUGGGAUCACUGAUGUCAGCACUGAAGAAGUCAAGGAUACCCAGGAUCCUGACGAGGCAGGAAAGGUCAUAAUAAGGGAACUGGUUCAUAAUUUUUUAAUGAAUCUUUGUUGUUCUCUGAAACAUGGCAUUAACUUUUAUGAUCCAAGUCUUGGAACAUCUGGCAGAGGAGGGAAUUUGGUGCUUCUGCGCUUUCUCUUGAGUUUAAAGACUGCAGUAGAAGAUGAAAUGGUGGCUGAUCUUGUGGUGAACAUCCUCAAAGUGUGUCCAGAUUUAUUGAACAGAUACUUUAAGGAGUCCCAGUAUUCUUUUGUUCCUAGACUAAAAUCAACUUGGCUGGAUAACAUGAAAUUGCUGAGGAAGAUCUAUGAGGCACAGCCAGAGGUUUCCAAUGCCUUUAAAACUACAGAGUAUAUUCCACUUCCUAGACUGCUUUCAAUGGUGAUGGUGACAACCGUUCCAGCAGUGUGCAAUAAAGCAAUGUUCACCCAAGGAUUAAAUAUGGCUAAUAAAACAGUGAAACAUACAAUCUUUUCACUUAUGUCAACUAUACUGAAAAGAGCACUGAAAAACAUCGAACACUGUCUGAAUGAGAAUAUAUGGGAGAAUUCAGAAAUCUACACUCCAUUUAUGAUGCAGGAAUUUGUACAGCAAUACAGGGAAGCACUUAGCAAGCUUUUACCAGAUAUGACUAAUAUAGUAGCAGUCUGGCAGUCGCUACUAAAGCAAGAGAAGGAACAAGAUGGGCAGAGAGAGAAAGAACAAGAUGGACAGAGUGGGAGAGAUGAAGAUGCUGCUUCCAUUGUGGAGGAAAUGACUGAGAUCAAAGGAAUUAAUGGAGAGCAUGGCUCUGAUGAUGCAGAGGCCACGCUCUUGAAAGCUGUUUUACUUCACAUUGUAUGCCUUUAUCAGCAAGCUGUUCCCCACUUGGUAGCACAGAGUAACUUUGACUUCAGCAAAUUAAUAAAAGGUAUUGUUACUGAAAAAGGAUUGCGACAAGAGAUUCCUCCUGUGCUGCAACAUCACAUUCUCAAGGUGGCUCUAGAGUUGCCAGCAAAUAAAUUUUCCUGGUUCAAAAUUCAGGAUGAAGCUGAGAAGGUUUGUGGUGAAAGAUCAGUAUUUUAUUUACUGAUGAAAAUGUAUGUAACAAGUAACAAUUCACAGCUCAAGAUCUCAACAAAGAAAUUGAUUAUUAAGGUUUUGCACAACAGUGGAAUAUUUGAGUAUACCUGGAAGGAACUUGAUCUGUGGCUUGAACAUUUGGAUAACACAGUGGAAGCAAAAAAGGAAGCAGUGAUUCAAUUUUUGGAAAAGUGCCUGGUAAAAUUGGUGACCAACCCCUAUCCGUACACUGAUAAGGCGGCAGACUUUGUCCAGGAGGCCAGCAUUCUUCAAGUCAGCCUUUCUAAACAAGAUGCUGAUAAUGUCAGCAUACCUAUUUCUCAUAUUGAUGAUGUUCUGGAUAUGAUAGAUGUCCUUGUGGAAGGCAACGAAGGCUUAAAUGAAGAAAUUGGAUUGACUUUAAAUGAAGACAUGAUAGUGAGCACAUUUCCAUUCAGUCCUGUUGUCCCAGCUACUUUAGAAGCCAGGAAUAAACUUCUUCUCGAGGCUGAUGAAUAUGCAAAGGGAGAAAGCAUAGUAAAGUAUCUCAUCACUGUUUUCACUGACCUUCUGCAUUCUCAAAGAGACCCUCUAGCCCUUUGUUUGAUGCUUCAGCAAUAUGAUAAAGAAUUGCAGUCUCAGAGUAUGCCUAACUAUCCUCAACUAUGCCAGUUCAACUGUUACUACAGGCUUUGGAUACCACAGCAAGCUAAGGAAGUAUUGUUUCAGCAAGACAGAAAUGAAUGUGCAGAUGAAUUCUUGUCACCAGACUCCUCCUUUUCCUCCCUGUUGAAUACUUAUGGGAGAGAUGUUACCAUUCUGUUGGAAGAGGGUAUUAAAGAAAAGCUGAGUGAGGCUGUUUCCCAGCUCCAGCCUCAGCACCUCCUGUUGGCUUCAAAGCAUGUCCUGCUAUACCUAAAGACCACAGUGGAGAAUUUCAGUAGUUUCAGCAAAAAUUCUGGUGCCUCCCUUCUCACUCUUUUUAUGGAUUUGCUGAAAGGCCUGUUGCAGAAAGGUGAUGAUGUAGAAUUAUAUAGUCGGCAGGAACGGAAAAAGGCAGAGACAGAACCAGAUCUUUUUAUGGAUAUGGAGUCUCUAACAGCAGAGACUGAACAUGACAUGAUUAUGGAAAGUUUGCUCCCUUUGGUCUUCAAACACCCUACACUGGAGAAUUGGUUUCUGGCUCUAGAACAACACUCUCUUCCGCAGCAUAAUUUAAAUCCUGUUACAGUGAAACUGCUCUCUGCUCACCUGAAUCAUGGCAUUCUUGGGUUGCUGAAAAUGGGUUGCCCGCUGUUGCAAGCCAGGAACCAGCUAGAUAUGCUUUCCAGAUAUUUUGAAGCUGUCACUAAAACUGUCUUGGAAGAGCUGCAUGCUGGGAGAGAAGGAGGAUGCAAGAUACAUCCCCAAAGGUCACAGCAGCUGAAGGCAUUGCAAGAAUUGCACACGUAUAUGGAUGUGGUACAGCUCAAAGAAAUCACAUUGGCUAUUUUGCAGCUUCCCAAGGCAAACCUGGCCACUAAGAAAUGUGGGAAAGAAACACACUUGAGCAGUUAUGGAAAGAUGCUGGUGCAGCUUCUCACAGAGAACUACCAAAGAGGAUCUUUGAAAGGAAAUCUCUUUCUUUCAAGGGAACACAUUCAAGGGAUGGGACUUCUUUUGUCUACAGCAGCCACAGAAGAGCUGGAAAGGGUCUUCAUACAUGCUAUACAGAAAGAGCCAUUCUUGGCCCAGGUAGUUGGAGUUGAUCUGCAGCUUUUCUGCCUUAACCAUGCAACAGAAACUUCCCUUUCCAUUGUAGCUCUGCUAAUUCAGUAUUGUCAGACUCACUUGCUGCAGUUUGAGCUCUGGUGUCUGAAACAGGGAACUGCUAAGUUCUUGAAAAAGAAUGUGAGCCUUUUUCUGCCCCUCCUCAAUACAUACUUACAGCGUGGAGAGCAGCAUGGUUUUGAAUGCUUAUCAAAAGUUUCUUCGGCUGUUAUAUCUGUCUUGAGAGAAGCUUUAUGGCCAGAACUGCUGAAGCGGCUUCUAAAUACAAGUGUAUCACAGUCAUUCACUGAGGGGUGUGAAGUUCUUUCCAAGUUACUGCCACCUUCAGAAACAGAGGCUUUUGCUAAUCUAGCAGAAAAGUUACCUGUAGCCCUUGAGGCAGCAGGAAGUCAUGAGCAGUGGGUGAUUGCUGAUGUGAUAUCAAGAGUGCUAGAGAACUCUGCAGAAAGGUUGCAUUCAUGGAGAAGAUGCCUGCUUGCUGUCUGUAUAAAAUCAUUAAUUCUCACUUACAGCAGUAGCAAAGAACAAGAAAUUCACUCAGAAAUCGAGACUGCAAUGUUAUCAAGGCUAGAUAAAUUACUGCACUCUGUAACUGAAGUGGCUCCAGAAGACUGGAACAGUUUUGUGAAGAUGGGACUCAAGUACCGUUAUGAAGACCCGAAUUUCCUGAAAACUCUGAAUGCAGCUAUAAAUUUGUUGUACCAGGAAGAAGCAUCUCUUAGUCAGAGAUUAGUCAACCUAUCCACGCUUUAUAUGAUGAUCACACAGCACUCUUUGUUUUUGUCAACAAUGCUGAGGUCAAGAGAAGACAAUGACAUGAAGGUUCAUGCAAAAGAGGCAUUAGUGGACAUAUUGUUGACUCUAGUGAAAUGCUGCCCCACAGUUUGUGAGAGUAGCCAUUUUGCUCUGUUGCUCGGAGCCUAUGGUGCAACACUGAGUGUUUUAGACCAGAAGAUAUUACUGCUGCUUCAGCUGUAUGAAAAGAAUGGUCUAAGCCUUGUAAACUUCAGAAUGCUGCUUUGGGGUCCAGCAGCUGUGGAGCAUCACAAGACAUGCAAGAGUUUGGGGAAGUCAUUGUGGCAGCAGCCAAGCAUGGAAGAAAUUUUGUGUCUGCUAGACCGAGAAAUGAUGAUGAAGACCAUUCUCCAUUUCCCCCAGCAUCGACAUUUUCUGGCUGCAGAGGAAGGACAGAUGCUGCUAAACAAGCACAAAAGUGAAAUGGAUCUUAACAACCUCUAUGACCCCUGUUUUCUCCUUCAGCUCUUCAGUGAAUUGCUGAGACCAGAAUGCGUUGUAGCAUGUCAUAAGUUUGUUGAAGUCAGUGCUUUGGGUCUGGCAGUAGCUGCCCUUAGCAGCUAUGAUAGUAACAUGCGAGCAGCAGCAUACUAUGUCCUGGGCUCAUUCCGCUCACACCUGGAAGGGGCUCGAUUUCGAGAACAUAAGCAGUUGCUUUACCUUAUGGAUGUUGUGCAAAAUGGAAUCAGACAACCAAAUCUCAGAUUGACAUUCCCUUUGACACUCUAUAUUGCUAGAGUAGCUCAGCAAAUGCUGAAGCCAGAGGAGCACAUGUAUACAAAGCUGAGCAAGUUCCUUCUGUCUCACCAAUAUUUAGAUAUGAAGAAAGUGCCAGGAUUUUUCCAGCUUUUCUAUAGUUUUGAUUUAGAGAACAAAAUGGAACGUGAAUGGAUUCUAUCAGUUAUUGGGGAAGGACUCAGAGAUAAACACUGCUAUGAGUUGUAUGAUUAUCAGAGGAUUUUCCAUAUCAUUCUCUCUUUCUUCCAUAAUCCACUAUGUGAUGAAGCCACUCAGUAUCAGAUUCUGGAAAUACUGCAGAAUGCAGCAUGCAUCACCAAAGCUGCCUAUGAGCUCAUAAGAGAUCAUAGCCUCUUAACUUGGAUAUUAUUUAUUCUAGAGAAAAGGUUUCUUGAAAACAAGAUGUUAAACUAUGUAAUCUCUUUAGUCCAUACGCUGUGGAUGACAAAUUUAGGAGACAAGCAAAAGUCACUCAGAACUCCUUAUAGAAAGGAGCUACAUGACAAUAAAAAAUGUCUUCCUCUUCAUCUUAUCAGUGAAUUUCUGCAUGUUUUGAUAAUGCUGCUUAAACACAUUCGAGCCAACUUGGAUUUUGCCAAACUGAUUCAAUUUUUCAGCACAUUAAAUUCUGUAUUAGAAUAUCAUGUUGUGGUUAUCGAAACCUUCAGAGAAAUGGACAGAUUCACUGUGAAUGAGCAUGUCCUUUCAAACAAAGAUGUUCUGCUGCUCUUGCACAAGUGGAGCAUAAUUGGCAAAGAUGUGGAACUUCAGGAUGAUCUGCAAACAAUUGCUCAACAAUACCAAACUAAAGAAUUGCUUAAAAAUAUUAAAGAGAAAAACAAACCUCAAAUACCCUUUCGAACAUCAUCUUGGUUUGUUCAGAAAAAGAAUGAAAUCAAAACCAAGAGAGAAACAGACUGUGAAGUGAAACUGUUUGAUUUAGAAGAAUGUAGAUCUGUUCUAAGAUCUAUACUUGUCCACUGGGAACCUGUAUUUCCAGAUAUGCAAGUGAAGUUUCCAAAGGAACAGAAUGAAUAUGGCAAUCCUGAGCUUACAUUUAAGAUUGCUUACUUAGUAUUUAGAUGGUUAGUGAAGUCCCUCAUUGAUGGCAGCUUCCAUGUACAAAAUGUCCUUUCGACUUUCAGGUGGUUUAAAAAGAGUGUUUUGCCAAACACCACUGUAGUAGGAGAAAUUCUUAAAGAUGGAAGCCUGAAAAAUGGUAUAUUUAAGCUUUACAGUAGCAUCUAUUAUCCCAGUGAAGAAAAGUCUUUGGACCUGAGUGAUCUCUCCUUGCUUAAUACCAUCAUGCUUCACCUAUUGGAUUCUCAAGACCUGACAAAAAAUUAUUUUUGUGAAACUGUGAAAAGAUUCUGCCUCUCUGCAGCGAAUGAGGACGACACAAUGAAAAAAGCUGCAGGUCUAUUCCUCACUUCUGUCUAUAUUGGAGACAUGUGGCUGGGAGCACAGCAACCAGAAAUGUUUACAUCUCAUGUUAAGCUGAUAUGUGGAGCUGUAGACAGUAAACAAAACAGUGGCGAUCACAACAUAUGGGAAUCUGAAGCGAUGGUUUCUGUGUGCAAAGAUAUUUACUCAUUCUUAAUUCUACACCCCGACUUUCAGUCCUAAGCAUCAGUUUCACCUUGACUGAAGGGGGGGGAAUCUAUUCUGUACAGAUCUACCUAGUUUUUUAAGGAAUUGUUUUGAUACACAUAUUUUGUAUGAAUAACAUUAAAAUGGUGUAAAUUUUUAAAAUGUGGAGUUUUGAAGAAAUACUUUCUAUUUAUUUUUUCAGAAGUUGUCAGUCUAGGAUUUUAGGGCUACCUUUAGAAGUUACAAUUUUAAAGUGUCCAACUACUGGAAAAGCAAAAAAUCCCCAAAACUCUGGCUUAAAGCUAGAAUGGUUGGUUGGAAUCUUAAUCAUUUUAUACUAAAACAAAUUAAUUGGCACAGAAAAAUAAGUAUCAAUGUUAUUCAACAGAAAAGGGGGGAAAGUGCUGUUUUGAGCUGAAUUUUAAUGAAGUUGCUCAGUAUGGAUAUAAUGAGCCUCCUGUCCAGAUAUCAAGGAACUCAAGAGGGCUGAACUUUUGCCAACUCCAGUUCAUUUCAAUAGAAUUUAGCAGAAAGUUUCUAGUUGACCACAGCAAAGGUGGUAUUAAAAACCUUUAUAGGGAAAUGUUAUUU